AUGUCUUCAUUAUCAGGCGCAGACGUCCAAUGCAACAAUGGAGAUACUAUCUGUGAGAUCCGUGUGUACGAGCAGGAGGUGAUCAUUGUGCCCAUCUUGCUGCUGGCCAGCUUCCUGGUCACUCUGGUCUUCAUUAUCCUGUUGCGCUUUUGUCCAGAGAAAGUCAGUCGCAUCCGUCCACAGGCCAAAAAGUCGGCCUCCAGGAGAGGGCUGCAUGGCAUUGAUGCUCCACCAGGUAUCAAUGUCCUGGAGCAUGAAAGUAUCGCUCUGGACAUGCCCGAUUCCUACUCCACCUUCCACCCCCCGAACACUAACCCCUCCAAAAACCCCUCCAUAUUUUUGGAAUCACCCUCUCCCCCGCUCAGCCCCCCACCACAGCCCUUUAUGCCCAGUUUCACUCCCAUCGUCCAGCCCAGAGAGUUGCCCCGUCAGAGGCUGCCUGAGUCCUUCAACCUGGUCACCCCUAUGCCUGUUGCCUUCUCCCUGCACUCCGACUCCUCUGUGUCCCUCUACAGGGCCCGAAUGGAUAACAGGAACGUGGUACUGCGAGUCCUAAAGGACUCUGCUGAUGCCACAGAAAGACACAACUUCCUGGGCUUUGCGUCCUUCCUGUCCCAGCUGGGACCACAUCCCUUCCUGCCAGAGCUUCUUGGUGUGGUCUCACUUCGAGCUCCUCUGAUUACAGUUGUGGAAGAGCUGGAGAACAGAGACCUGCUCAGCUUCCUGUGGCGAUGCAGACAGGAACAUGUGAAUCCUCCUUGUGAGAUGACUGAGAGACGAAUAUUUACCUUGGCCAAACAGGUGGCCUCGGCUCUGGAGUUCCUUCACAGCAAAGAUCUUCUCCACGGAAGCAUUCGUGCCCGCAGUGUACUGGUCACCAAGGACUUCACUGCCAAGCUUUGGGGCCUGCAUGGGGUCCACACAAGGAAGAACCAGGGAGCCACUCAGAGAGAUGAUUCCAGCAUGAAGAAAUGGCAGGCACCAGAGCUGUUAGCCAAGAAACCUGCCCGUCAGAGCAGCGACAUCUGGUCAUUUGGCAUCUUACUGUAUGAAAUGGCAACAUUGGGUGACGCUCCAUAUGCAGACAUCUCAGUAAAUGAGCUUCUGCAGUUUCAUCAACGAGGGAAAAGUCUAAAAAAACCUUCCAACUGUUCCAACACGCUAUACUCCAUCAUUAAGGGUUGUUGCCAGUGGAAGGAUCAAGAUCGACCCACUCUGGCUGAAGUGAGCCACAAGAUCCACUCAGGAGAGAAAAGUGCCUCUGACAAAGUCCUCAAGGUGUCUGGGACAGUUAACAUUGAGCAGUACCUGAAGGAAGCAGGAUACGGGGAAAAGAACAGCUACACUGUUUUAUGAUCAUUGCCUGUGCCAGCAAAAUAAAUUGCACUUUUCUCCCCAAUGGUACACUUCUCCAAAACAAUAAAAGUGUUCCAGACUGUUGCUUACUUCUGUUUUUGGGCACUGAAAUUGUACUUUUAUUUUAAGUAUUCUCCUACUUCUGGGUCACACAGCAUAAAUGAGAAAACCUGUAUGCUAAGUAAGUUGUCUACUUUUGGGAACCAUUCAUUUUCUUCUGAUUAAGACCUCAUUCAUGUGCUUCUUUGUCUGAUGUGGCAAUGCCUAACACUUUGGGAGUUAGGCAUUGUUGUUGGGAAAAUACAACCAGUAAUUUUGUUGU